UUGAAUGCAAUAUAUUCAUGGAAGGUUAAAAAACGUCACUAAUACACCUAGUUAGAUGAAAACGGCAGACUUUAUAUUUUUUGUUGGUCACGUCAUCCUCAAAAAGACGAAAAAGUCAAAACAGCCCCUUUUCUUAGAUUUCUCAUGUUUUGGCUUUCACCAAGGUCACUGUGAUCCAUUUGAACCAUUUGAACUGUGCGAAACUAUUUCGAAUUUAUGUAUGACCUUGGUUUUCAUGAGUUCCGUAGAUGAGCAGAAAUUUCCAGACCGGGGUUUUGAAUCGCCAGAAUACGUUGAGGACGAUGAAUAUUCCGACUUUGUUCAGACUUAUGAGUCAGUACUUCAGAGAAGAGUUUCUCGUUGGGAAAAGUAUUUCUCUACCCUUCCACCCAAAAAGAGUGCGAGAUUUAAAAGGUUUUGUCGGAAGGGAAUACCGGAUCACAUUCGCCCAACAGUUUGGAUGCAUCUUUCUGGAGCUUAUGAACGAAUGGAAGCUAAUCCAGAUGCCUACCAAAUAGCUGUUUCCAAAGUACCCCCAACACAUAUUUGGAAUGUUAUCUUGGCUGAUGUUCCCCGUACCUUUCCAGAAAACAAACAUUUUCAAGAUCCAGAUGGCCCCAGUAGUAAGCUGGUAUCGUUAAAAAGAGUAUUGUCUGCCUUUGCAGUUCAUUUUCCAAAGAUCGGUUAUUGCCAAGGUAUGAAUUAUAUAGCAGCUGUACUCCUACUCGUUCUUGAUUGUCCACCAAAUGAGAGAGAAGUAAAAGCGUUUUGGUUGUUGGAUGCAUUGAUUAAUCACAUUUUACCAAAAUACUAUUCUUCUGAUAUGUUAGCUGUACGUGUUGACUGUAUGGUAUUCAAUCAGUUGUUGAAAGAUAAAAUUCCCACAGUUCAUAAAAUAAUCAUGAAUUCAGGUAUCACUUGUACAUUACUUGCAACAAAAUGGUUUAUAUGCUUAUUUGCUGAUGUAUUGCCAAUUGAGACAACAAUUCGUGUUUUCGACUGUUUAUUCUAUGAAGGGGAUAAAGUACUCUUUCGUGUAUGUCUAUCAUUGGUCAGAUUACAUUAUAAAGAUUUAAUUCAAUGCAAUGAAUUUCCUAUCCUGAUUACAGCAUUUCGUAACAUGUGCAAAGAUAAACAAACACUAUACUGUCACCAGUUUAUUGAAUCAAUGUUUCGUUCACAUGGUUCAUUGCCCAAAUCAAAAAUUGCUAAACUUCGUAAUCAAUUUACACAACAAAUAGAAAAUGAUACUGGUGAUCCAGAAUAAUUAGCAUGUAUUAUUCCUAUCUAUUCCCACUCUUGUCAAUGAUAUACUUUCGACUUGUUCAAUAUGUGCUUUAAACUCAAUUCAUUCUAAUGGUGGAUUGAUCUUGUUUGAAAUAAGUUCAUAUUAGAAAUCAAUAUUGUUGUUGAUCAGUAAAUGAGACGAUCGACAGUUUAUAUUUUAAUGAAAUUAUCUCUAUUGUCAAUGUUACAUUAUAAUUCCAUUGUAUUAAAGAAUAAUGAUAGUGAUAUACACACAAAUUUUGAUGAUUAUUCAAUAUAAGUAGUAUUACAAAACUGUUUAUCAUUUUUCGUUUAUUUGUUUGUUUGUUUUCAUGUCAAUAUGAUUUGCAUAUAGAAUUCAAAUUUGUUUUUAUUGAAAUAUUCUAUUUCUAAUGUUUACUACCUCUUGCUAAAGCAAUGGACUAAUUGAAUUUGUCUUGACAGAUGACUUUGUUGUUUUUGCUUUUAAAAGAUUAUGAAGUGUUGAAGACUGAGUACAUUAGUCUAUGAACAAUUCUUCAUGGAUGUGUUUGUUUUUUUUUCUUUUUCGCCAAAAAAAAAUGACAUUGAAGCGGGUGAUGAACGACAACAAGUAAAAGAAGAAGAAGAAGAGUACAUAUUUUUAUGUUAUCGUUUAUUUGUACGUUUUUGUUUACUUUAUGUACAACCAGUAUUUUAAUUGAUGAUGUCUUUCAAUGAUAGUCAAUUAUCUUUUUGUUCUCUUUUCUUUUCUUUGUUUCUAUGAGAUGAUCUCUUCAUUAAGUUAUUUAUAUUAUCAUUCUCUUAUAUUAUGAUAUAAUAUACAAAAUAUAAUAGAUCUUAAUAUUGAUUUAUUUUAAUAAAAAUGUUUAUCAUGUGCCUUCAAUAAAACUAUUAUUUAUUUCUAGAUAAUUUGAUUAUUAUGUGUGAACGGUUCCGUUUCUGUGUGCUGGUUAUGGUAGAUUGUUUUGUGUGUGUGUGUGUGUGUAUCUGUUGCAUUGUGAAAACUCAUAAAUCCUAUGUAUUAUCCGCUUUAUUGAAAUACGCUUUUAUUUAUAUUAAUACUAUUACUGCUAAUAAUCAUGAUAAUACAAUGCAUAUGUAUAUUGUGCAAUAAAUUUUGUUGAUCUGACUUGAGUUUUAUUCUUUGGAUUAAUUAUUCAUGUCUACGUCACUUAUCGUAGUUACAUUAACUUUUUUUAACUUCCUUUAAAUGUUGAAUUAGAGUAUUCAUUCAUACAUACUUAUCAUCCACUUCACCUCUUUUAACCAUAUUCUGAAUCCUUAGUCUUUCUCAUUGUCAUUUUAUCUUUUUGAGCUAUCAUGAUUUAAAAACUUUAGUUUUGUCACAUUUUUGUGCCGUGAUCUACAUAGAUGAUAACCUAGAAUGAUGAUCCCGACCGUUGUUGUCACCUAGACGUGGUGGUCGGGCUUGCCUAUCGUGAUGAGUCAACCGACCUAUACUGGCUAAAACAGUCGUUCCUCAAGGUCAUACCAUGCC